AUAAUAGACUAUUGGCCCAGUGAGUUUUGGGCUAUUUCUAUUAGUUAUUAGUUACCAUGAAGGCUUUUGUAUUAUGGACUGUAGCAUUAGUUUGGUUUUGUGUAGGUCAGACAUUAGGAUUUGGGACGGGGGCCGACUAUUACAAAGAAUGCGCAGAUUCGUUAGGACUCAACCAAGACUUAUUCAAACCAUUCGGCACUAACCGAACGCAGAUGCUUUGCCUGCAGAAAUGUGUAUUUGAAAAAGACGGCACACUAAAUAAAAAAGGACAUUUGGAAAAAUCAGACCUACUGGAACGCCUUUUCGCUACAUUAUUUGGCAACGAUAACCAAAAAAUAAAUGAUUUCAAUGCUUGCGUAAAGAACCUACUGCCCCGCGGAAAUGUUAAACAUUGUAUGGAUGUUGAUAAAAUAAUUUAUUGUAUAGUUUCCAAUAUGCACCUUGCGUCUCCAUUUCUGGGUCCCGCAUAUCCUAAUAUCGGGGGAAUACAAGCGGGAGGAGGGUUUGGAGGCUUAGGAGGAUUUGGAAAUAUUGGAGGAGUCGACAACUUAGGAGGAUUCGGGAAUCUAGGAGGUUUCGGAAAUCCAGGAGGAUUCGAAAAUCCAGGAGGAUUCGGAAAUCUAGGAGGAUUUGGAAAUCCAGGAGGAUUUGAUUUAAGUGGAUCUGGACAUUUGGGACCAGAACAUUUAAACAGUGAUUUUGUAGCACGUUCGAAUAAAUUACCAAAUGAAAAAAAUGAAAAAAAUGCCUAAGACAUUGGGAAACAUAUUUGCAAUUGAAAAGGCGAGUGGAAGAAUGGUGCAUGUAACAUUUAAUACAUUUUAAGAUAUUGAAUAGUUCAAAGAUGGAUUUAAGUAUUUUAGGUGGUAGGUUUGAGUCCUAAAGCAGUCUAUAACAAUCCCUUUUGUCAAUAUCUCAAAAUGUAAACAGAUGUACCAUGACAGAUUUUUCCACUAACCUUUUCACUUGAUGUAGCUAUUACCUCCUAUAAAUUCUAUAAUUUUUUUGAUAUUUUUGACAUAUUCGACACCGCAAGGUAUUAGUGAGCAGAAUACAAAAUCUUUAAAUUCAAAAAUAUUGUAAUGCCAACUUUACAUAUCUGUCAUCCAUAAAUAAAAAAUUAUAAGGAUUG